UACCCUCAUCGCAAUAUGAAUGUGUUUUCGACCAGAUCACAGAGGGUUGGUACCUCUCAAUCCUUGUACGGAGUUUCACCGUCCAGAAUGGCCUCUUCGUCUUCCCUAUAUAGCGGAAGUAUCAGAGGUGGUGGAGGUGGUGGAGGUGGUGGAGGUUCCUUCCAGUACCAAAGUUAUUCUAGUGGUGGUGGAGGUGGAGGUGGAGGUGGAGCUGGUUCUGCGUUCUUCUUCGGUGCUGGCGGUGGCGGAGGAGGAGGAGAAAUCGACAUCUCUGCCAACGAGAAGGCCUGCAUGCAAAACCUGAAUGACCGUCUGGCCACCUACCUGGAGAAGGUGCGCAUGCUGGAGGCUGCCAAUAAAGCGCUGGAGCUGAAGAUCAGAGAGUUCCUGGAUAAGAAGUCCUCCCCGUCCUCCAGAGACUACAGCGCCUACUACGCCACCAUUGCAGAGCUGCAGGGAAAGAUCCAGGAUGCUACCAGAGACAACGGUGGUAUCUACCUCUGCAUCGACAAUGCCAAACUGGCUGCUGAUGAUUUCAGGCUCAAGUACGAGAACGAGAUGGCCAUGAGCCUGUCAGUGGAGGCUGAUAUCGCCGGGCUGAGAAGGGUCCUAGACGAACUGACAAUGAGCAGGUCCGACCUGGAGAUGCAGAUCGAGGGUCUGAAGGAGGAGUUGAUCUUCCUUAGAAAGAACCACGAGGAGGAGCUGCUUGCCAUGCGGACUCAGAUGAGUGGUCAGAUCAACGUGGAGGUUGACGCCCCAUCAGGACCCGACCUUGCUGCGAUAAUGGAAGAAAUCAGAGAACAAUACGCAGCUAAUGCCGCCAAGAGCAACAAAGAGCUUGAGGCCUGGUUCCAAGCGAAGAUAGCAGAGUUGAACCAAACUGUUGCUGCCAGCACACUAGACAUCACAACGUCCAAAACUGAGCUCACAGACCUCAAGCGAAUGCUGCAGAGUCUGGAGAUCGAGCUGCAGUCACAGCUUAGCAUGAAAUCGUCACUGGAGGGCACCCUGGCUGAAACCCAACACCGGUUUGGCGCGAUGCUGACAGGUUUCCAGAGCCAGGUGGCGAUGAUGGAGGAGCAGUUAACGUGCCUGAAGGCCGACCUGGCGCGUCAGGGACAGGAGUACAUGAUGCUGCUGGACAUCAAGACCAGGCUGGAGCUGGAGAUCGCCGAGUACAGGAGGCUGCUGGAUGGAGAGGGUGGCAGUUCCUCCUUCUCCAAGACUUCCUCCUCCUCCUCCAAGACUUCCUCCAGCCUCUCUACCAGUACCGUCACUGCCCCCGUCAGCACCUCUGUCACCAAACAGAAAGUCAUCACCAUCGUGGAGGAGGUAGUGGAUGGUGUAGUUGUCAGCAGUACAGAGCAAGUCCAAGUCCAACAGUUGUGAGCACCUUUGGGUGGCGCACUCACUCAGCUACCAUCGAAACAAAUCCACAAAAUAAAUGUGGGCUAAGGUGCCUUAAAAUAAAA